GGCCGGUUCAGUAUAAAAAUUUAAAUCGGAACUACAUUUGAGAAUUGAGAAAAAAUUAACAAUACGAAAUACAUUUUCUAAUAAAUAUCAAUUGGGUGGCCCGGCCCGGGAACCGGACAGGUGACCCGGCCCGAACCGGCACCGGGCGAAGGACGGACUGGUUCCGGGCCCUCCAUUCCAGGACCGGAGGCCCGGCCCGAGUCCAGGACUAAGAAGAGUCAAUAAUGGAACAUAAUUUGCCAAACUCAUUCCAAUUUUUGACAAUGUGCGUCUAAAAAUUUCAAACUAAUUUUUUUUUGACAAUAAUUGCAACUUGCAAGAGCAUAUUGCUGUAUUGCCAUGAGCAGAUCUAGGAUAUAUACAGAGGCGAUAUCGAAACUCAGGGAAUCCGGAGGAACCCUGGUGCGAAGUCCGGCGUAGAAGCCGACGCCGUUCUUCUCACCCUGCUCUGCAAACCAUGACACCUAACUACAGAUUCUUAGGCAUCCAUUCCACUCCAGGUAACCAAAAUCGCUUCAGUUGGAUAGAAAUUGCAGAUGAGCAACCAAUUUCUUAUUCUCUAGCGACUGAACAAAUACCCAACUUCAAUCGUCUCUACAGCGCAACCAAUAGAAAUCAGAUUGAUUUUAAGAACGAGCUUGAUUUAAAUCUCACAAACGAAACACACAUCGACGCUACAGGUGGGAGGCUGGCAACCCCUAAGACUCUGAUGGAUCCACUCGCACCGAACUAUUUGGGUGCUAGUCUCAAGUGUCGAAACGGGAAAAAGAAACUCCAAAUAGGAGACCAUAUCGCUGUUGAGGAGAGCGAUAUCCUGAGAAUUAGAGGGGCGACCUCAUCGCCGGAUCCACCUUCACCGGGCAAAAUUGCUGGUAUGACAAGGGACGGACGAAAUUGUCAUAACCGCAAUAUGAACAGCCCAAAUCGCCGGCAGCAGACCUCAGCGCCGGAGGCUCCAUCAACUUCUGCACCAAUAUGGUGCUUGCUCUGCUUUUUUUUAGUUUCUCUUUUCGUUUGUUUCUUUCUAUCGUUCGUCUCUAGGUUAGUCUUUUAAUUGUUGUUUUCUUUUUCUCUUUUUCUUUACUUUUUAAUUCAAGAGCCUUUUGCUAUAAUUUUUAUUCAAUCAUUAUGAAAAUAUAUAAUAUAAAAUAUUAA